AUGGUAAACACAGGUUCCACUCCUGUGGUUGUUCACCCGCACUAUCACUAUCUUUUGGUCAUUGGUGACGACAAGUCAUUGGAGCUGUGGAACACGUUUAUGAACAAACGCAUGAAUGUACCGGCUCAUGAAUCCGCCAUCUCUGCUCUUGCUAUGUCGUCUUCAACAAAAAUUAUAGCGUCCGCUAGCCACGAAAAGUCUCUAAAGUUUUGGACAUAA